AUGUCUAUUACCACCGCAGGCGCGACAUACCCUCUCCUGGGCAAACUUGCCCUGAUCACCGGUUGCACCGGCGGAAUUGGCCAAGCGACCGCACGCCUCUUUGCUCAGAACGGGUGCUCCAUCGCGGUGCACCACUCUUCAGCGCACUCGAAAGCCAAGGCGGACGCCCUUGUAGCGGAGCUGGUGAAGCUUGCGCCUGGGGUCAAAGCCGCAGCGUUCCAGGCAGACCUGUCCACGUAUGAGGCCGCGCGCAGGCUGCACGACGAGGUCGUGAACGUCCUCGGACACCCAGACAUUCUCUUCGUCAACCACGGCGUAACAGGUCCGAGGAUCGGCCCGCAGGGAGAUAUCCAAGACGUCAGUCCGGAAGUAUUUGAAGAAAUUUGGCGCACCAAUAACGGGACAGGGUACAUUGUAUGUCCGAACGCUGAUAGCAAGGGGCUGCGAGAGCUGAUCACGAUGUCCUCGAGUGUGAGACCGAUCCACCCCACUGAUACCUCAUGUACUAUCCACAGCGUCGCGGCGGGCACUGGAGGCGUCAUUGGUCCACAAUACGCGUCUUCAAAGUCGGCGAUGCACGGGUUGAUCCACUGGCUGUCGCAGCGCUACUGCAAAGAAGGCAUCCUGACGAAUGGUGUUGCCCCCGCACUGAUUGAAGGCGAGUACAUGAUGAAGAACCCUCCCGACGCAGUUCGCAACUUGAUCCCCAUCGGAAGGCUGGGAAAGCCCGACGAGAUCGCAUCCAUCGUCCUCAUGCUAGCUAUCAACGCAUACAUGACCAACAAGGUCAGCAGUACGGAGCACACUCUUCAACGAAGGUGUAACAUCCACUUACUUGUGGAUUGUCAUCCGCAGAUACUCGUUGCCGACGGCGGUUAUACGAAUGGCGGGGGCUUCUGA